ACGCCCAAGAUGGCGCCUACGGCAAGCGCUAGGAGGCCCUUAUAGUCGGCCGUCUCCUUAGCGACGCCUACCGGAAGUAGGAUAGGCGCAAAAGGCGUUCGCGGCUUGACAGAAAAAGAAAAAGUCGUUCUCGCGCCGCUGCGGCCUUGCCAUGAGAGGAGGUAACCCAACAAUAGUAAUACCUUUCGUCAGCAGCUUAUCACCAUGAAGAAGAAUGAAGUUGGCCUUUGCUUCUGCUUGUUCUGCUUAUCCCUUGCAUCGCCGGCUGUUUGCGGAACUGCAAUUCUCAACGUGCCUGAACAGGUUUCCUUAGAAAAUGGCAGCUCGAAGGACAUCUCAGUGACCUUAAGCACUCCGCUCAACGAGACACUGGGCAUCUCAUUCAACGUGACAUAUUCGUCCAAGGAGAACCUCACCAUUGUCGAACUGCCAGCAGAAGUGAUCGUCGCAGCAGGCCUGCGGACAGGGCACUUCCGGGUGAGAGCCAAAAACGUCGGGCAGGUGACCAUCUACCUUCAGAGCAAUGCCUCCAACCAAACCGGGCCCAGGAUCCGCUUCCUUGUUCUUCACAGCGAGGCAGUGAGAAUUGUGGACCAGGUGAUCGGGUGGAUCUACUUCCUGGCCUGGUCGAUCUCUUUCUACCCGCAGGUGUUUGAGAACUGGAAGCGGAAAAGCGUUGUGGGUCUCAGCUUUGACUUCAUUGCUUUGAACUUGACCGGCUUCAUCGCCUACAGCGUCUUCAAUGUCGGGCUCUUCUGGAUUCGUCCCGUGAAGGAGCAGUUUCUAAGCCGGUACCCCAAUGGGGUGAAUCCUGUGGACAGCAACGACGUCUUCUUCAGCCUCCAUGCCGUGGCCGUGACUCUGAUCAUCAUACUGCAGUGCAUUCUCUACGAGAAAGGGGAGCAAAGAGUCUCCCCAAUCGCUAUUGGGCUGCUGGUUGUCGGCUGGAUUUUCAUCUUCGCCACCUUGUCGGCGGCAGCCGCCGGGGCCGUCACCUGGCUGCAGUUCCUGUUUUAUUUCUCCUACAUCAAGCUGGCCGUCACACUCACCAAAUACUUCCCGCAGGCCUACCUGAAUUACCGCCGGAAGAGCACCAAAGGCUGGAGCAUUGGCAACGUCUUGCUGGACUUUGUGGGCGGCAGCUUCAGCUUGAUCCAGAUGUUCCUGCAGUCCUACAACAACGAUGCCUGGAAGCUGGUCUUCGGGGACCCCACCAAGUUUGGUCUCGGUUUCUUCUCCAUCCUCUUUGACAUAGUCUUUAUCGUCCAGCACUACUGCUUGUAUCGGACCAGGGAAUAUCACAACAUUGACUAAACAUCUUCCCGCCCCACAAAGGACGUAUUUGGCGGCAGGAACGAGGCCUUGCCAAAGGACAACAAUGCAAUCGUUGUGGAAUUGCCUUCAGCUGCCUUCUUAUCUCCGUUGCUCGUGUUCGACAAGGCGGGUGAAAAGACCCGGCGACGUCCAGAAAAGAAAUGGCCCAGUUUUGGUUUCUCCUGCCCAAAGAAGGCAGAUCUGAACCACGUCCUGCCAACACAACAUCAAACAGAGCUCUUUCUUCCUGGGGUAUCCUCAAUAAAUUUUCCUAUUUUCCAAAAA